CCAACGUGAUCCACAACUAUCUCGGGACUCGGCCUUGCAAGAAUCAUGGAACUUUCUGAAAGUUCUGAGGAGGAGGAUGCGGAGGACGCGUGCCCAUCAAAAUCGUCGUCUGGAGGGGGCUGUGGGAAUAUUUGCGAAUGUACGGAUGAACGUUGCUGCCUUUGCCGCCUGUUCGAUAAAGGCGACUACGACGACAUCGGGAAUGUGCCCUUCUUCGGUGUUAUCCCGACAGACGUGGAGGGCAGCCCUUUUCUGGAUGCAACAAUUCGCCAGGAAUUUCACUGCAAUCGCUGUGGCACGAUCCCAGUCGGUCGGAUCUAUCAGUGCCACAAAGGCCACCUCAUCUGUGAAGGCUGCCAUCAGGUGCAGGUGCUGGACAAGAUGCUGUUCCAAGCGCUUGGCACCUGUCCGAAGUGCAGUGCCCGGAUGUACCGUCACGCGCCCAACCGGAACAUCAUCGCUGAGCGAAUCCUAUCCGAGAUGAAAAUGACCUGCGAGUAUUGCGGGGCCAAGAUGGUGCGUGCCGCCCUCCGAUCGCACUUCCAUAGCGAGUGCCAAGGGCGCCUGGUGAGCUGCAAGUACAAGCGCAUUGGAUGCCCCUGGUACGGUCCAGCCUCAGAGAUCGCCGCACAUGAUGAGACGUGUGAGUUUCCAGGGAAAACGGGGGCCGAGUUGAUGGAGUACCUCCGUCCAAUACAGGCCGAACGAGAUGCACGGCUACAGAUACUCGCCAAGAUCGAGGAUACGCUGUUGCGAUCACAAUUGACCGUGCGCCUGUUGCACGUCCUGCCUCAAGGACCUAUUCGCAAGUUUCCACACAACGAGUUCGUCUUGGUGAAUGAGUUCCGAACCCACUUCAUGAAAUGGUCGCUGCUCAUCAUGUGGCAGAGUCCAGCUGCCGACGAUGAUCAUCCGCAGCCCAUGGGCUCGCUCCACUUCCGAUUAAAAAUCGAACGGCCGGAGAACUCGUCUUCCAGUCUGGUGUUUACCUAUGCUCUGGUCCACGGCAGCCACUCCGAGGUAGCCUUUCUGCCGAACCUCUGCGACCGUAUCGAGUUCUCCAGCAACCAGUUGCUGGGACCGCCAGUUAUGAUCUAUCGCCACACCAUGUCGCAUUGCAAGAAGCUUCUGAUCGACCGGGGAAUCUACGCUCGUCUCCUGAUCACCCGUCACGAUUCGAGGUUGCCAUUGUGAAAUUUCAUCAAGUUUUAAUAUUCAUCCAUCCAUCCACAUCCCGAACAAGCAUCCCCAAAUGGAAACAUCACUAGUCUGUACAAUCAUCAUGAGAUCAAUCAUCACACAGUUAAAUUUGAUUUAUCACUCGGAUCGCUACUCUACUGCUCAUCUGGAGCAGAGCUUCAAUCAUUUUGAUUGAGGUAAACACAAUUUGUAUUUUAGAGGUAGAGCUUGCAGCGCUCCCAGAGAGGAAGAAACAUAAUCGCACAGGAGAUCUGCCCGUUCCGUUCCGUUCCCGUCCUUGGAGCACUUCGAAUUGGUCACAUUGCCGGGCUGUUUACAGUGAAGCAUCGUUAAGACAACAAUGCGAGUGCAUGCCGGAGAAACCAAAAGCAAUUACGCCGUCUUGUUGACCAGAAACGACUAGAAAAACAGAAAAGCAGCCGAACCAGGAUGGAUUGGGGGAGAUGAGAUGGGACAGAGCGGGACAGAGAGCAAAAACAUGUACAUGUCCGGUGCAAUAAACAUUCAUUACGAAUGGGCCAAAGUGCCACAAACAGAGAAGGAUACGGAUACGUAUACGGACAGCCAGCUUGCUGAAAAGAAAGCGACCAUAUAGUAUACUCGUAGUUGGGCUGGCCUUAGUUUUUAUGGCACAGCUGCCACUGGCAAGCAGACAGCCAGGAAAUCAAAGCAGGGCACAGGACACAGGACACAGGACACACACAGGCGCGUAGGAGUAGCAGAGGAAUACUUUGCUCCGGAAUUGAACAAUAAAAUAAAUGAUAUUUGCCCAAGUA